GUGUCACGCACGGUUACCCAAGGAAUCAAAAUGGCCGCUGAACUAGCUGUUACAGGAUGGUUCUUAUCGCCAAUCAUACGGGAGAUGCAGGACACCGCUUUGGCCUACAUAAGGGGGCAAUUUAGUUGGAAGAAAGAUCAGGAGAAGGACCUUGAACGCCUUGACACCACCCUUACAGAGAUCCUGACCAUUGUGGAUGUCAUUGAGAAGCGGGAGAUUAAGGAUGGAAACCAGAGGAGGCUGCUAGGCAAACUUAAAGACGCCAUUUACAGCGCAGUUGAUGUGCUAGACAGUUUUCAAUACAUGGUCCUCGAGUCCAAGGUUGACAGCCAAUCUGCGGUGAGUUGUGUCACCUCAUCAUGUAUUUACUUGGGUAAACGUUUGGUCGGUACCGACAGUUUCAGGCGGAAGCUAGCAGAUAUUUUGGAGAAAUUAGGUGAGGUCAAAACGACAGCAGAUACAUUAUUGAAGGUCGUUAGUUUUGACAAUGCUACUGCAAAGUUAUUGCCGGUAACACGGCUGCGUGUAACUACCCCUUUGAAGGAAAAUCACCAUAUAUAUGGUCGAAGAGAUGAGCUAGAUAAUCUGAGAGAGAUGCUGUUUGAGAUAAGUGACAGUAGUGCACCUGUAGCACCUGGUGACUCAAGCAUCCCUAAUGUUAUAUCCAUUGUAGGUGUUGGUGGGGUUGGGAAGACUAGCCUUGCACAGCUGGCCUUCAGAGAUGAACAAAUACGCAUGAACUUCAGUCUCAGAAUGUGGGUUUCUGUAUCUGAUACUUAUGAUGAGAUUAGAUUAACAAGGGACAUUUUGGAGUGUUCAACCGAUGAAAAUUAUCAUACUGUUACUGAAUUUGAUAAGUUGCAUAAUGCUAUUCGUGAAAAGAUAGGUGGGAAGAAGUUUCUUCUUAUACUGGAUGAUGUUUGGUAUGAUGAGGACAGAACAAAUUGGGAGAAUAAAUUACUGUGGAGCAAAGUCUUGUCUUGUUUAAAUACUGGACUGGAAGGGUCCAAGAUUUUGGUGACAACUCGAGCUGACAAAGCUUGCAGUAUCCUAGAUGCUAGAACACCCCCUUUACGUUUGGGAGGAUUGGACACAGAUGACUACUGGUUGCUAUUCAGAAACUGCGCCUUUGGUGAGAAAUAUCCGGGACAAUUUCCAGAACUUAAGGAAAUAGGAGUACAGAUUUGUCGCAGAUUGAAUGGUUUGCCUCUAGCAGCAAAGAUAAUCGGUCGCCUAUUGAGUGCUGAUUUUGAUAUCAGCCACUGGAAGAAAGUUAUGGAGAGUGAUCUAUCUGAUGAUGUUAUGAAGAUUCUCAGGUUGAGUUAUCAACAUUUACCUGUCCAACUGAAGCUAUGCUUUAGCUUCUGCAGCCUUUUCCCAAAGGACUGGCUUUUUGAUCUUAACAAGCUCACUGAAAUGUGGAUUGCACAGGGUUUUGUACAGAAGGAGGAUCCAUAUGACACUGAUUCCAAUAUUGAAGAUGUAGCAAAGGGCUACUUCAAUGAACUUGUGCAAAGAUCAUUCUUUGAGCGCUCAUUGUUUGGCCUUCCAACAGACUAUGUCAUGCAUGAUUUGAUCAAUGACCUGGCUCGCAAUGUCUCCAAGGAUGAGUACGCCAGGGUUGAAAAUGACAAACAACAAAAGGAGAUCUCACUAAACAUUCGCCAUCUAUCGAUAUCAGCAAAUUUGUUAGGUGCCAUGAAAAAAACAGAAUUGAGAAAUUUGCGUACCAUGAUUGUUUGGAAGAAAAGGUUUACUUGCUUAAAAUUGUCCCUUCCAGAUGAUAUAUUCAACAAGUCCAAGAGCAUCCGUGUGCUGGAUCUGAGUGGCUGUUGCCUGGAUAGGCUGCCUACAUCAGUGCAAGUUCUGAAACAUCUGCGUUAUUUCGCUUUUCGGGUUCCUGAGAGGCCAUGGCAAACACCAUUGGUUCGGCUUUACCACCUGGAGGUCUUGGCCACAAGCGGACACUCCUGCCGGGAAAGUGAAUGCGUUAACCUUCCUGCAAACAUGAAGAGGAACCUUAUCAAAUUAAGAAAAGCUUUCCUUUAUAAUAUUUACGGUGCCACAAUUUCUGGUUUCGGAGGACAAACUCAGCUCCAUGGCGUUGGGGAGUUCCACGUCAGGAAGGAGAGUGGUUACAGACUAAGUGAGCUGAAGGAGAUGAAAAAUAUCGUCGGACAGUUAAAAAUUAGAUCUCUCGAGAAUGUUGAACGUCAGCAAGAGGCAAUUAAUGCCUGCCUAGACUGCAAAGAGCAUAUCAAAUAUUUGGAACUCGAGUGGAGCAUCCAUGCGAGGUCUUUAACUUGUGAUCUUGAUUAUGAUGUGCUUAGUGCCCUUAGACCUAACCCUGAUCUUGAUCGGCUGAAGAUCAUUGGAUAUAGGGGAGCAAGGUCACCCAAUUGGUUUGAGACAAAUUGGCUGACUGCAUUGAGUUCUCUAGCUCUUGAGAACUGCAUCAGUUGGGUACAAUUGCCCCCUUUUGGUCAGCUUCCUCUGCUCAAGUAUCUUCAACUACGAGGCAUGCAUGCUGUCAAGCAGAUAGGUCAAGAAUUCUAUGGGAAUGGUUGCUUUCCAGUUUUGGAAGACAUGGUAUUUGAUGGCAUGCUCCAAUUUGAAGGCUGGUCUGGAACCGAAGAUGGGUCAUCUUUGCUUCCAUGUCUUGAAAGACUACACAUAUCACGGUGUCCUAAGCUUCGAGAAAUACCAAGCAGCUUCAGUGCAAAGCCAAGAGUUGAAGUUGAAAUACCAUCUGAUUCCUCGCCAACUUCUUGUUUAAUUGAUUCACUGAUUGCAACAGCUUCACGAUUGAUCUUUCUAGCUUGCUCCUACAGCUUCUUGAGUGACCUCAACACUGAGCAGCUCAACCAUGUCGCUGAGCUGAACAUGAAGAACUGUACAGACCCAAUGCCAACUGGUGGAUUUCACAGACUUGGCUCCCUUGAAGUGUUCAGGAUCAGCAACUGUUCGACUUUACUAUCAUCAGUUAGUACAGAAGCGGUUGAGGACCAGCUGGAGACAUAUCUACUUCCUCCGUCUCUUUGCCACAUUGAAAUAUCUCAAAGCAAUUUCCAUUGCAACUUAUUACCAAGGUAUUUGCAAGGCCUAACUUGCCUCUCAACGUUGGUGCUCGAAAGUUGCCAUUUGAUGACCUCAUUGUCAUUUGCUUCUGGACCCCACCACCUCAAAGCUCUGGAAACUAUAACCAUUAGAGGUUGCAAUGAGCUUGCUUCAUUGGAUCGAUUUAGAAAUCAUAGAGCUCUCCGGAAGUUAGUUGUUGCAGAUUGUUACAAUUUCUGCUCCUUGCCAACCGACUUGAAUAUAGUGGGAUCUCUUGAGGAAUUAGUCAUAUGUGGGUGUCCAAUGAUGAGGUUUCUCCCCGAAGAUGGCUUGCCAACUUCUGUGCAGACCAUUUUGUUAUCAAGCUGCCAUCCAGAACUUGAGGUCCAGCUUCAAAGGAAGGAAGGUGCUGAAUGGAACAAGAUUCUUCAUAUCCCAAAGAAGAAAUUUGAGGUCUUUAUAUGCUGCUCUCAUUCUUCACUUACAUUUGAUUCUUAUUCAUUGUGUUCAUCUUGUUAUUACAAUAAUUGA